AUGAAUUUACGUGAACCUACAACAUUACCAGCAGCUAAUAAAUUUAUUGGUGGUAUUUCCUGGUAUAGAAAAUUUACACCACAAUUUGCAUCUGUAGCAGCACCUAUUCUCUUAGUUACGAACUUAACAAAACCAAAUCGAAAGAAGUUCGUGUGGGAAAAUCCUCAAAAUGAAGCAUUCUUUCAUUUAAAGCAAUUAUUAAUUAAUCAACCAUUAUUUCUGCAAUUCCUGAAUGAUGAUUACCCGGUAAUUUUAACAACGGAUGCGUCAAAAGUUGGCAUUGGUGGUACAUUACAACAAGUGAUUAAUGGACAACAGAAUUGUCUUGCUGAUUAUUUAUCUCGAAAUCCGGUACAAUCUGAACCAGAAGAAAUAUUUGAAGAAGAUUACGGUAUUAGUACAUUGUUUAAUGGGGAACCGCCGAUUUCGGCGUCUGUUUCCGUUGAUAAACUUUCUGUUAUAGGUGCUGUUGUUACACGUUCAAUGAAGAAACAACAAAUUCAACAAGAAUCUGAAUUAGAUAAAUCUUCAUCAUCAAUUGAAAAAGAACUAGAAUCAUCUUCAUUAGAAAAAAUCAAGGAUUUAUCAUCUCAAUAUCAAGUUAAUUCAUAUACUUGUAAUCAAUUUAAUAUAAAACAAAUUAAAUUCGAACAAGAAAAAGAUCCUAUUAUUCAGAAGAAGGUCAAAGAAAUUCAACAAAAUCCUACAUGUGGUUCAUUUAUUUUGCAUGAAGGAUUAAUGAUCCGCUUUUCCCCCCUUGAUUCUGAUCCAUUGGGUGGACAUUUUGGAAUACGACGUACAUAUUACAAAUUAAAGAAUAAAUAUUGGUGGCCAGAUAUGAAACAAUCUAUUACUCGAUUUAUUAAGUCUUGUUUACCAUGCCAACAGUAUAAUGUUAGUCGAUUUAAAAAACCUGGUUUACUUUGUCCAAUUGAAACACCAAUUGGACGUUUUCAAAUGAUUGGAAUUGAUUACUGUGGACCAUUUAAACGUACACCAAGAGAAAAUCAAUAUGUGUUAUGCAUCACUGAUUAUUUUACUCGAUGGAUCACUGCCGUUGCUCUACCCGACUGUACUGCUCAGACAACAGCUCAAACAAUUUUUAAUGAAUAUAUUUGUCGAUAUGGUGUGCCAGUAUCAAUUUUAACUGAUCAAGGCACACAUUUCAACAACCAAUUAAUGGAAUCAAUGGCUCAAUUAAUUGGAUACAAUCAUAUAUUAUCUACUGUUUACCAUCCACAAAGUAAUGGAAUGGUUGAACGUUUCAAUGCUACCUUUGUACCUCAAUUGGCCAAACUUCAAGAUCGUGAAAAUAACAAUUGGGAUGAAUAUUUACAAUCAAUAGUAUUCGCGUACAAUACAGGUGUUCACGCAGCUACACAAUAUUCUCCAUUUCAAUUACAAUUUGGUCAUGAUCCACGCAUGCCUACAGACGCAACGUCAAAUUACGUAUUUUACAAACCAUCCGAUUAUUACCAUCAAUUAAAGAAAAGUCUUAAAAUUAUUCAACAACAUGCUCGAAAUCAAUCAAUGUAUUCUCAUAUGAACAAUAAAAAAUAUUAUGAUAAAAAUCGAAGCAAUCCACAAUAUGAAAUUAAUGAUAAAGUUUUAAUUAGAAUUCAUGGUUUUAGAUCAAAAUUAGAUCCACAUUACACAUUAAACCCGAAGAUUAUUAUACAAAAACAACAUCCAACAUAUUGGGUUCGAGAUCAAUUGAAUGAUCAAAUUAUUCGUAUACAUGUGAAUGAUAUACGUCCGAUAUUAUUACCAUAA